AUGUGCCACCAAGAAAUUGCUGCCAAUGGCUGGACCAGCACAGCGGCUAAUGCGGGCGCCAUCUUUGGUGACCAGCCUUUCAUCAACAAGCCGGACGCACUCUGUUUCACUGAUAUCAAAUUCCCAUUUGAUGAUCCCACGGUCGCGAAGACUCUCAAAUAUGCGAAGGAAACCCUGCAUGCCGAAACCUUCAACCACUCGAUGAGGGUCUAUUUCUACGGAAUGGCCAUCACAAAGCAGCAGUUCCCCGAGAAAGCUGCCGCUCUUAACCCAGUCACUUGGGCUUUGACAUGCCUGCUGCACGAUCUCGGCACAGCUGAUGAAAACCUGACAGCAACCCGGAUGUCAUUUGAUAUCUAUGGAGGAAUCAAGGCUCUCUCUAUCCUCAAGGACUUCGGCGCCACUGCAGAUCAGGCCGAGGCUGCUGCCGAGGCGAUCAUUCGCCACGAAGAUAUGGGAGUGGAUGGAACGAUCACGUUCAUUGGUCAACUUAUUCAGUUGGCCACUACUUAUGACAACACCGGUUUCCAUCCGCACGUGAAGAAUUUUGGCGAAAUGAUCCACGAAACCACCCGCACGCAAAUAAACGAGGCCUAUCCGCGCAUCAAGUGGUGCGCAUUCUUCUCUAGCGUCAUUCGGAAGGAGGAGAAGAUCAAGCCUUGGUGCCAUUCAACCCAUCUGGUCAACUUUGACAAUGAGAUUGAAGCAAACACACUGAUGAAGAAGUGGGAGUAG